AUUUCAAUCGCAGAUAAUUUGAACAAAAUUACAACUCCGGUUAAAGCAAGUCGUAGUGAACUUAUGUUAAUGGUAUUAAAAUUUAGUAAUACUUAUAAGCUACCCUUAACUGCUAUUAGUAAUUUAAUGAGUUUGAUCAACAAUGUAUUUGAAAGUCCUAUAUUGCCGGAAUCGCGUUAUCUCAUCGAUACAAUGUUCAACUAUGAAAAUAAGGCACAGUUCCACGUAGUGUGUCCACAUUGUUCAAAUUAUUUGGGGAAAAAAACGGAAAUUGGUAAUGAGAUUAAUUGUAAUAUGUGCUCCUCAUCAAUUAAUGUCUCAACUUUAUCUUCUUCUAACUCGUUUGUAAUUCUUAAUCCUGCAAAAGAAAUUUCAAAUCUUAUACAGAGUCAUGAAGAUUAUUAUAAUUAUAUCGUAUGCGAGAGAUUGAAUGAAACUGGAGAUAUUAAAGAUGUUUAUGAUGGACAGUAUUAUAAAAAGUUUGUAAACUGCUUACCUGCGGAUGAAAGAAAUCGAUAUGUCACUGCUGUAUUCAAUACGGACGGUGCACAAAGAUUUGAAAGUUCGCAGGAUUCUAUAUGGCCGAUACUAAUCCAAAUUAAUGAAUUACCAUCUCAAUUUCGGUUGAAAAAUAUUAUAACAUGUGCAAUGUGGUUUGGUAAGAGUAAACCAGAUAUGAGUACUUUUUUACAUAUUUUCGUUACAGAAAUGAAUAUAAUGAACGAAAUGGGAAUAGAAUGUACAAUCCAUGGAGAGAAACGAAUGCUUAAAUUAUACAUGCUCAUAUCUUGUGUCGAUGCAGUAGCUCGUGCUCCAAUGCAAGGUUUAGUACAAUUCAAUGCUUAUAACUCGUGUAGUUGGUGUUUACAUCCUGGAAAAUGGCACGAUGGAGCCGUCAGAUUUCCAAUUCUUCAUUAUCGUCCAAUACACAGAGAUGUAUGUACGAUACAAAACGGACAGCAGGCUGUUACAUCCGGAACUGUUAUCAUAGGUGUUAAAACUGUUACGCCUCUAAUUAAUAUACCACAUUUUGAUAUAAUGGACGGUUUUGUACCAGAUUACUUGCACUGUUAUUUAGCCGGAGUCGCGAAACAAAUUACUGACAAUGAGUGCAUUUUAAAAUUAGUCAACAAAUAUGACAUUGAGCAACUCAAUUCUCUCUUGCUUGCAAUGAAAGUUCCAAAUCAGUUAUGUCGAUUAACACGAUCAUUGAAAGAGCGACUCAGUGGAAGGCAAGAGAAUGGGAGAAUUGGUUAUUAUAUUACAGUGUACCUGUACUUGGAACUGUAAUAAAUAAUGACAUUCUGCAGCAUUGGUUGUUAUUAGCAGAAAGUUUAUAUGGCCUGUUAAAAGUUUCGCUAUCAAUACAAGAAUUAGACAAGAUUGAUGAGUCGUUAAAUAAGUUUGUACUAGGUGUAGAAACACUGUACACAAAACGUGCAAUGACAUAUAAUGUGCACCAAUUAUUACACAUAAGUAAAAGUGUGUAUAAUUGGGGUCCAUUAUGGGCUCAUUCCACUUUCCCAUUUGAAUCGAAAAAUAACAAAUUAUUAAAUGCUAUACAUAGUGCCAAAGGAGUUAAUCAACAAAUUAUCAGAUAUGCUAAUCUUCAAUGUAGCAUAUCAAUUGUAGAACGUAGAAUUCAGUACAGCAUUUCCGAAGCAACAAAAAGCUUUUGUGAAGAUCUUAUCACUACGCGAGUGAAACAAUGUAUUAAGAGUGAAAACAUUACGUAUUUUGGCUCAGGCAAUGCUAUAGAAUAUGAUAUAGCAGUGAAAUUUAAUGUUUCAGUAUAUUCUAAAAGUUAUAAUCGAAUGGUGAAAUGUGGUUGUCUCUAUACAUCAAGCUUAUUACAGAAUAAUCGCUCAAAUAACUCUUAUGCUCAGUUAGUCGAUGGAAAGUAUAUAAAAAUUCAUUCGUUUAUUCUUGAUAUCGAAUCCAACAUUGCGCUUACAAUAUAUAAUACCAUAAAUGUGAUAUCAUGUUAUGAAAGUAACUAUUUAUGUAAGAUUAUAGAUAUUGACACAGACUUAUGCACAGUCGCAACGACAAAUAUUGAUAAAAUUUGUGUUCACAUGAAUGUAAGAAACGAAAGAUAUAUUGCUGCUGUGCCCAAUUUAUUAUUUUAUUAAUGUAUUUAUUGUUAUACUGUAUUAUCACUGUAUUAUUUUAUUAUUAUUUUAUUCAUUCACACCGUUAACGAAGCAUUAUUCACAACUUAUGUAUUAGACACAUACUUGAAAUAUUAAAUCCCUGUAAAAAAAUAAAACGAAGGUAAAUAAAAAAGCGAGUCAAAGUGGAGCGCGCGCGAGCGGAAGCGGCCGCGGAUCGUUAUAUACCGCGCUUGUCGGUGCACCGAGAUUGCGUUUCGUCGCGUGAAACUAUAAAUGACCUCGAUGCAACGUCCGUUAACCCGGAAAGGUUAUAAAGGGCACCGCGAUCUAGAGACAGAUCGCGCCAAGUGUCCGAUACGUUUCACGCGAGAAGGGGGUUGAGGGCUCAGCUGGGGGUCCCCGAUCUCUUUCGCGUGAAUGUGCGAGCGGGGGGGAGGAGGCCUGCAUCUUUUUUUUUUUACGUGUGGAA